CUUUUGUUUCAGGAUAUUCCCAUCUACGUGAGCACUUUGACGAUGGUCCUGACUGCUUGGGAUAGGUACAGGAUGAUCAGACAUCCUACGAGGAUGCGUCUUCCAGCUUUCGUUUGCGCCGUUGGAACGUGGCUCACAUCCAUAUGUAUGGUUCUUCCGUAUCCGUUCUACAUUAUCUACGUCGAUUUAGGGAAAUACAUACCUGCCAUGGAUGGAAUGGGGAUGUGCCUGGUAAAUUUGACAGACGACAUGCAAGAAUAUAUGAGAGGAAUAUUUCUGGUGAUGUAUGCAGCACCAAUGGCAUCAGCAGCUUACUUGUUCAUUAAAACGUCGAGGGAGCUGAAAACAAAUAAUUCUGUGGUCAUGUACGAGGCACGAAGUCGUGAGAUGAGAUGCCGGACGGAUUCGCAUUCCACCACGACGGAUAUCCGGGGAAGUCGGGAUUGCGACGGAAUCAGCGAGUAUAGCAGAGGCAGCAGCUUCAGAGCUAGACAUAUGGAGAGCGUCGCCGACGGUGAUAUGGAUAUACCCAAGGAACGUCGCACCCAGCACUAUCUGAUGGGUAUCGUUGCCCUCUACGCCAGCUUCAUGGCUCCUCUUAUGGUUAUGAGGGUAGUCAGGUUGGCUUUACUGGAGACCUACGACAACAGUGGACACUUUGACAUCAUGUACACACUGCUCGUGUGGUUCGCUUUCGUACCAACCUGCACCACGCCCGUGAUUUAUGCAACGUGGCAACUUAGCAGUACAACGAAGGAGAGGCUCAGGGGCUAUUUCCGCUUUAGCAACCGGAAAUUCAGGCGAUCUUGUGAGACGGUGCUGACAGCCGGAAACGCGACGCCUCUGAACAAGGUGCAGGGCGCAACAUCCGAGCAGGAUAGAAACACAUGUGGCCAAGAGUUCUCCUGAUUAGAUACGUCUCGUCGUUCGUCGUCGAGGGGUCAGAGAGUUACCGAUUUCGAGUAUUUAAUAUAAAUUAAGUUACCUUUAGAGAUGAUGCAUAAUGUUUAAGUGAAUUAAAUAUAACAUAAAAAAUAUAUGUGAACAUGUCGACGUUGCGACAAUCCGCGAAGAUACUGAGCCCCCUUUUAACUUGUGGAUUGUCACAUCGAUUGUCACGUUCUUGUAAAUUUCAUAUGCUAGUUUAGUUGUUCGUUACAGUUUUCCUGCAUGUUAAUUGUGUAUAGCACGUAACUAAAAUUAUAAUUAAAUGUAAACUAUAUAAAUAAGAGCGUUAUUUAUAUUUAU